UGUCAGAGCCAGGACAGAACUCAAGUUCCUCAGUUUGCCAGUGGCCUCGUGGAAAGUGAAUUGUUAGGAAGAAAACCUUUCAAAGCCAGAGUUUAUUCUGAAUGCCCGUCUACAGAGUAGGUCAUAAUGCAGGUUAGGUUUUGUGUUCCUUCAUGGUGAAAUCAUAGUAUGCCCUUUGUCCCUUUUCUUUCCACAGCCCGUUGUUUCAUCUGUUUUUAUGCCCUCAGGCUUUCUUCAGUGUUCGAUUGCACAUCAUAAAAAUAUUUUCCUGAGUAAUACAUCCCUGAUGCUUUUUUCCAUCUGUGUUUAAUUGUUCUUUUAAAAAUUUCUUCCACUUUUAUCUUCCACUCAUAAACAUUAGAGUGAUAAAAGUUUGGGGAAGGUCGAAGAGAAGGAAGAACUCAGGAAGCUUGGUAUUUGGGAACCUUUCAGACGUGCCAGUGUGUGAGAUCAUUUAAAAGUGGACACAGUACAGUCAUGUACUGCAGGGUGACUGGAGUUAACACUGUAUCAUAUGUUUGAAAGUUGCUAAGAGUAGAUCUCAAAAGUUCUCAUCACAAGAAGAAAAAUUUAUAACUAUAUGGGGUGAUGGAUGUUAACAAAACAGAUCAUGAUAGUCUACGCUGAAAGACCUCUCACAGACAAUCACAGAUCACUGGCUUCUUAUGGCUUAAAAGAUGGCGACGUUGUGAUUUUACGACAGAAGGAGAAUGCAGACCCUCGCCCUUCGGUGCAGUUCCCAAACUUACCCCGAAUAGACUUCCGUAGCAUAGCUGUGCCUGGCACGUCAAACACCCGGCAGCGCCAGCCAACAGGAGCACAGCAGUCCCACUCAUCUCCUGGAGAGGUAGCUUCAUCUCCUCAGGGCCUGGACAAUCCAGCCUUGCUCCGAGACAUGUUGCUGGCCAACCCCCAUGAGCUGUCCUUGUUGAAGGAACGCAAUCCACCCUUGGCAGAUGCUCUGCUCAGUGGAGAUCUUGAGAAAUUUUCUAGGGUCCUGGUGGAGCAGCAGCAGGACCGAGCCCGGAGAGAGCAAGAAAGGAUUCGUCUCUUUUCUGCGGACCCUUUUGAUCUUGAAGCUCAGGCAAAGAUAGAAGAAGAUAUAAGGCAACAGAACAUUGAGGAAAACAUGACAAUAGCUAUGGAAGAGGCUCCGGAAAGUUUUGGCCAAGUAGUGAUGCUUUAUAUUAACUGCAAAGUGAAUGGACAUCCUGUGAAAGCCUUUGUUGACUCAGGUGCCCAGAUGACCAUUAUGAGCCAAGCUUGUGCAGAAAGGUGUAAUAUAAUGAGGCUGGUGGACCGUCGGUGGGCAGGGAUCGCCAAAGGAGUGGGCACCCAGAAGAUUAUUGGAAGGGUACAUCUAGCUCAGGUUCAAAUUGAAGGAGAUUUCCUGGCAUGUUCCUUCUCUAUACUUGAGGAACAGCCCAUGGACAUGCUUUUGGGAUUGGACAUGCUGAAACGGCAUCAGUGUUCCAUUGACCUCAAGAAAAAUGUACUCGUGAUCGGCACCACAGGCUCAAAGACCACCUUCCUUCCUGAGGGGGAGUUACCAGAGUGUGCCCGGUUGGCAUAUGGGGCCGGGCGAGAGGAAGUACGGCCAGAGGAGAUUGCAGACCAAGAAUUAGCAGAAGCCCUUCAAAAAUCUGUAGAGGAUGCAGAGAGAAGCGGUAAAGAAACUACCUCACUGGGAAUGUCAUCAUUACCAACUUCAGAUGGAUUUAACCAUCAAGCCCAUCCUUCAGGACGGAGUCCUGAGAUUGGCAGUCCUUCAAGUCUUGCUCACUCUGUCUCUGCUUCAGUCUGCCCUGUUGAGCCCAGUGACCCAGACAGCAUCGAACCUAAAGCUCUGAAGGCUUUGAGGGCUUCAGCUGAAUUCCAGGUAACCUCUGAAAAGAAAGAACACCUUCCUCUACAGGAUCUUUCUGAUUGUGCUUCUUCAGCAGACAGUGCUCCAGCAGACCAGAGUCCAGCUACGCCUUUGCAGAAUUCACUCGAAGAAGCCAUUGUUGCAGAUAAUCUAGAGAAAUCUGCUGAAAGAAGCACCCAGGGCCUCACAUCUCAUCUCCACACAAGACAGGAAGUUAGUUUAUCUGUCACUAGGAUGCAAGAACCACCGAGGCUUAAAGAUGAAAAGGGUUGGCAUCAAGAAUAUCGGGACCUGAGUCAAGCGAGUGGCCUUCAGCAGCAUGAAGAGCCACGGGAUGAACAGCAUGAGGUCAUACAACAGAAUGUUCCGCAUGACCAAGAACGUCUUUGUAACACAGGGGACCUUGAGCUUCUUGGAGAAAGGCAACAGGAUCAACAGAGAGGUAUUGGUUCAGGAGCUACGGUGAAAGGAGACAGGCUACAGCAGACUGUGGACCUUUCGGGUACAGAGAAAAAUAUUCUACCUUCAGGAUGCUUUGGCUGCUCAAGUUCAGAAACACCUAUGGAAGUAGAUGUAGUUGAACAGUCCCUAGUUGCUGUACUUAAUUCAGCAGGUGGUCAGAAUACCAAUGUCAAGAACAUCGGUGCAUCUGAUCUCACCGUAGAUAAUCCCUUGAUGGAAGUAGAAACAUCCAAAUGUAACCCUUCCUCUGAAAUUUUGAGUAAUUCCAUUUCCACUCGGGAUUUACAGCUUCCAGAAAGUGAUGUUGAAAUGUCUGGGACAAGUAAAGAAUGCGGGAAUUGCCCCUCCUCUUUAGUAAGUCUCUGUGGCAGUGGUCAGCCGUCUGUAGAGUCCACAGAGGAAUCUUGCUCGUCUGUAACGGCAGCCUUGAAGGAACUUCAUGAACUUUUGGUCAUUAGUAGUAAACCAGCUUCAGAAAACACAUCGGAAGAAGUUACCUGUCAAUCAGAGACAGUAACUGAGGGCCAGACAGGUAUUAAGGACCUUUCUGAGAGAUGGACCCAAAAUGAGCAUCUUGCAGCUACCCAGAGUGAACACUGUUCACAGGUCUCCUUUCAUCAGGCCAUAUCUGUAACAGUGAAGACAGAAGAAUUAACAUACACUUCAACUGACGCUGGAGUAGAAGAUGUAGAAAAUAUUAACUUCAGGGGUCCAGGUGAUGGCGUAUUAACUGAUAAGGAAGGCGUCCCCAAGUCUAAGGAGUCCAUAAAUGAGAGCAGUUCUGUCACUGCAGCCUCAGCUGAAACGUCCAAUCAACUACCUUGCACCUUUGGUGUAGAAAUUUCACCCAGACUUCUAGCAGGUGAGGAGGAUGCACUCAAUCAGACUUCUGAGCAAACUGAGUCCUUGUCAUCCAGUUUCAUAUUGGUUAAAGAUUUGGGUCAGGGCACACAGAAUCCAGUGACAGACAGGCCUGAGACUAGAGAAAAUGUCUGUUCUGAAGCUGCAGGGCCACUUCUAGAAUUUGUACCACCUACCAGCCAUCCAUCAUCAAGUCCCUCCUUUCUUGCACCAUUAAUUUUUCCUGCUGCGGACAUUGACCGGAUUCUCCGUGCCGGCUUUACUUUGCAGGAAGCUCUUGGGGCUUUGCAUCAAGUUGGUGGAAAUGCAGACCUUGCACUUCUUGUUUUGCUAGCAAAGAACAUUGUAGUUCCUACAUAACCAUGAAAAAGUGGGCUAGACCAUACUCCAUUCCCUUAAAAAAAGCUAUAUAUCUACACAUACACAUACUCACUCACCACAUACACAGUAUAUGUAGAAACCUGCAAGCAGAAUGUUGAGCCAGAUUUUUUUUUAAAGAUUUUUUUCGGCCAAAGUAAUUUAUGAUCUCUUGUCGGAUGAAUUUGUCUAUUCUCUUUGUUAAAAUUUGGGCCUUUUUAAAUGUAUUGGCAGUGUGUGCAUACAGAAGGUUUUUAUUAACAUUAAGAUGAUGUAUUCUGGAAUAAAAUUGGUGGUUUUGUGUAUAGCAUACCAUUUUAGAAUGAGAGUGAAUGCUUUAAGAAGCAGAAGCCGUGAGAAAUCCCACCACCCAUGCAGCUAAAAACAGAUCAACUUCAUAAUUUGGCUGUGUCUGUGCUGUAGGCAAGGUAUGGCUUGUUGACUCAAUUUUUGGUUUACAAACUUGAUUACAUGGUUUGGUGUUUGGAAUCAUACUUAGUGCUUUAUGUAUUAUGAUUCGUCAGUUGUAACAGGAAAUUGAAGAAGUAUCUGCUAGAGUGGCAUGUUUUUAUUCGUGUGGUUAGGAUUUGACAUUUUAACGGGAUGAGUUGGGAGGGUUUAAAACUUGGGCUGCUUUGUACAUCACAGGCUGCUGCAUGGAUUGCCAGAUAUCUUGGGUGGGAUACUGUGAGGGAAUUAACAUUAGAGCGAAUCAUGGUGCUACCCAGAUUAAAAAAAAAAAGAAAGAAAAAACUGUAAUUCCAUUUGCAAAUGUCAUGGUGAUGUUUCAAGAACUGUGAGUGAAAACUAAUGGCCUAAACACUGGAAUUAACUAGUGACUGGGUUUGGUAGCAUCUCACUGAUCGCAACUCAACCCUUAAUGACUAAUGAUGAACUUACGUUCAGCUAGUGGGUUGAUUGCCAGCAGUUUAUUUCCUUUCCAAACUCAUCUUCUUCUAGGAAGUUCUUCUAAAGCUCAGUUUGAGCUGUGAUCUGAGUGAAAUAUUCAAGUGUGAUAAAUAACCUUGUCACUGGUUUAUCUUGGUGCUUGGAAUGGUCAGUGUAUUUGGUGAGUGUCUUUCAUGGCAGUGGAAAUAGUAAUUGGAGUUUCUGACUCAAGUGGCCUUGAUAGAGUUUUCCAUCCCUUUCUUUCCUCAGGAGUUUCUUUUUUUAAGCAAGAUUCGUCAUAUUUGUGUUUACACAUGUCAAGUUAGAGUGGGGCAUAGUAUAUAGAUGUAUUUAUUGUGGCCUUUUUUUAUAUGAGGACUAGCCCUUGGAAGUCAUUGUCCUGUGGGCCCCACUGUGCAAUAAUUCUACUGGGUAGAUUUUAGAUACUUUUUUUCGUGGAAAAUAAACCCUCUUAUGUACCUAGCAGGAAUCUGAAAUCUUGGUUUUAUUGAAGAGAAUUUUGAGAAUGAUAAUUCCCUAUUCCAGGUUAUAAUUUGCAAUGUGUUUGAAACAGAAGCUUCAAAAGGGUGAUUGGUGAACUUUUUAAGUGAUUUUUGUCUGAAGUCUUACUCUCUUUAAAAUAAAAGCUUAUUCUUUCUGUCAAAAUUCACGUCAUUGAGCACAAUCAAAAUGGAGGCUCAUAUCUCAGGAGUUUUAAAAUUUUUGAUUUGGGGGCACUUAGAUAUUUCUUUUACCCUAUUCCACGUUCUUUCUUUUAGCUGUGAGGUUUGUAUGUGUGUUAGGAGCCUGAGUGAUAUGAUGGAAAGUUGCAUAGAUUCCUCAUGACCCUCUGAAGUUAGGGAAUGGUUGACAGAAAGAGUUGUAGUUUACUGUGUUCAGAAGGGCACUCAGAACAAGUUAGCCAGAUUGUCUUUAAAGUGUUCUUUUAGACAAUCAUGUGCUGUAGAUCCUUUUGCCUGCCCUACAC